AUGAAAAUAAAGCGAAUAACCAAGUCACGUCGUAACCAAAUAUCUUCUGCGCCACCAAGCUCGAUUAUACAGCCGCAGCAGCAACAAGAAAGUGUUGAACAAUUUUCUUCUAUAUUACCACAGCUUCUUGACGGCCCUGAAGUUACUGAGGAGCAAAAACAACUUAUUUUAAAGCGUGUUCUAGAAGUAAGGUCAAAGUACAAUGCUUUCGUGGAAAGAGACGUUUGUCAAAAGGUGAAAACAAUUUUAUUCGCUUCUGAUUUGACAGAAGAUGAAGCGCGAUUGGCUUUGUCAAUUUGUGAUGAUAAUGAACAAGACGUACUCAACAGACUUUCUGGAAAGAAUGCACGAAAAUUUCGUAAUAUGUUAAAACCAGCAUCUCAUGAUGUUGCGAAUUGUAUUGAAGAAAGUAAUUCAAUUUCUGAAGAAGAUUCGGAUCAUUUUGAUCUUUUAGAAAAUAUCACCUUUCCCUAUCGUCUUCUAUCUACUCCAACUACCAUUCUUAGUCUUGGUAGUUAUCAUAAAUCAACAGCUGCAUGGUGGUCGAAUCCAGGAUCUUUAUAUCAUCAUCCCAUUCCUAUCAAUUAUAAAGCCAUGCGUGUCGAAAAAAAUAGGACUUUCAUUAUGUCCAUCAAUGAAGAUCCCGAAACCGGGAACCCUCGUUUCACCGUAACCGAUCAGGCGACGAAUGCUACAUUUGUAGGAAGUACUCCCACAAAGCCGUGGACGACAAUUUGUAUUUCGUACAAGGGUUCAAGAACAACUCGUAUCUCAGGACCAUUAUACUUUGGAUUUUCUGAUCCUACGUUACAGCAAUUAUUAACAAACAUGGUUCGAGAAAGUGACAUAAACGAGUAUUAUUAUCGAUUCGUUGGAGAUGGUGAAUCAUUUUGCGCAGACCGAGAAUGGAAGGACGAAGAAAGACAAUUAUUGUUAACGGAGAUUCGUCGAUAUUGUGAUAAUAUGGCUGUUGGCGAUAAUAAGGAGGGAAUCAAUACAUUUCCAUUUGGAUUAGUUGCUCGUAAUAUUCCUAAUCGAACCGGAUUUCAAUGUCAAUAUGAGUAUAAUCAAUUGGUUACUUCGGGUCAUAUUACUGAAUUUGAUGAAUGUCCAGUGCAAUCAUUACGUGUAAAUUAUGAUAAGCUUGUCAAGUCAUUGGCCUCUAAUGGUCAAAUGAAGCGCGCAAGAAAAUUUUCUGGACAAAGUCAGGUCGAUUCCUGGGUUAAAAAACCCGUUAAUGGACCUAAUCCAUGGAAUCCGUUACCAAAUAUGAAAGAUUCGAUCACUUUAGAGCCAAUGAAUGAACCUGCUAUUUCACCUGAUGGAUAUGUUUGUGAUUAUCAAACUUGGACCAAAAUUCUUAGAUCGCCCGAAUCGAAAGAUACUUGCCCGUUCACCAAGAAACCAUUAUCUCGUCGCCAAUUGAUCAAGUUGACAUUCGACAACAUUGCAGAAUAUGUGGAUAAAAUACGCGAAUCUUAA